AUGAAGCUCAGACAUGUCGUGGCUGCGGCCACCUUCGCUAGCGAGGGUUUAGCUCUCAAUUUCUCUGAGACAAUUUCAGAUAUUCCCGAGCUAUCCAAUAUGGCGGCUUUCAUUUCGCAAAAUUCCUCGCUUCAAUCUGCGUUCGACACCCCUAAAAAUAUUACAGUUCUUGCACCUAAUAAUGAUGCGUUUAACGAUUUGGUUGGCACUCAAUCAAAUGGAUCUGCGCCCUUAGGGAAUUCGUCUCUAAUCACAGGGAUCCUUAAGUAUCAUGUUCUUAAGGGAGUAUAUAACGAGAGCAACUUCAAGAAUAAUGACCAAUUUAUCCCCACCCUUUUGGACGAUUCCACGUUUGCCAAUGUCUCUAACGGCCAAGUCGUUCGCAUUUCUCGACGUGAUAAUUCCAUUCAUUGCAUUACUGGACUUAACGACGACGUCCAAUUCGUAAACCAGACCCGCUCGUUCGACAAUGGAGUGGUCCAUGUUAUCAAUGGAGUUUUAACGCUCCCUCAGUCCGUUACAACGACUGCAACUUUUGCCAACCUGCGUGCCUUCACUGGCGCUGUAACAAACGGCAGUGUCUCUGAUGAUGUGAAUGGCGCAAAGGACGUCACUGUGUUUGCCCCGAACGAUGAAGGAUUUGUUCGAGUUGGCUCUGUCUUCUCGAACAUUUCGACCCAGAAUCUUGGCCGUAUUGCACAAUAUCACGUUGUCCAAGGAAAUGUUAUCUACUCGACAGAAAUGAAGAAUGAGACCUUGCCGACCGAGGCAGGAAAAGAUCUCCACCUGACCGUGGUCAAUGGCACCGCAUUUGUGAAUUCCGCUAAGGUUCUAUCGUCGGAUCUCCUAACAAACAACGGAGUUCUCCAUAUUAUAUCAGAUGUUCUAAACCCAGAGAACCCGGAUAUCAAGCCAGACCCCAAAGCCAACGACCAGCCUAUUGCCUUCGCCGGUGCAUCCUCUUCCCAGGUUGACUCAUUAACCAGUGGACAGCCGAGCCCAACUUCCACCGGGUCUAUAGAACCAUCUAAAUCCGUUGGCACCGGCGGCGGCGGCGGCGGCGGAGGUGGAGGUGGAGGUGGAACAGGGGGAACCACAACCACAACCGCUUCGCCAACAAAGGGUGUUGCUGCAGCUUUAGAGACCGCCAACGCACAUAUGGCAGCGGCUGUGGCACUUGGUGCUGCUCUGUUGAAUAUAUAA